GCCCCGGCACGGCCGCUGCGGUUGCCACGGGAGCCGCCGCCGGUCUCAGCUUCCAACGGGCCGGCACCAACAGCCGCAGACGGGUUGAAACUGUCAGCUGCUGACCUUGAAACAAUGCAUCACAACGAUAAGAGUGGGAUCUCCCAAGCUGGAAGUUGGGAGAUCCGCCGGGUUGCAGCUGGGCCUUAUUCCAACCAAAAUCCCCCACAGAGGGCUGUGCUUGGGCUGCUAACUGAGAAUGGGCAGUGCUUGAGGGCAUGUGGCCAGGGUACCACAAUAGUCAGACGCUUCUCUGGCUCUGAAAAUGCUUUCCCUCCAUCUGGAAAGAAUACAUUGCCCAGCUGUAUGGUCAAUGUAACAUCUAAGCAAGGGUUUGCUAUAUAUGUAGAUGAACCAGAGCAGAAAGACAGAUGCAGCUGCACAGUUGUAGAAGAGGUGGAACCUAGCCUGUGUGAAGUGGAUACUAGCACAAUGAAACCCAAUAUUCAUCUGCUGUUGGAUUUGAGUACAGGUUCUCCUAUGUUGGUGGAUACAUCAUUGCAGUCACAACACGAAGUUCAUGUGGAUAACAUCGUGGAUGUAAUGAAUGUGGGAGACUAUGCAGAAGACAUUCAUCAGUAUCUUAGAGAAGCUGAAAUAAGGUACAGGCCAAAACCAUAUUACAUGCGAAAGCAGCCAGACAUCACCUCAGGGAUGCGUGCAAUCUUGGUGGACUGGCUGGUGGAAGUUGGGCAAGAAUACAAACUUCGUACUGAAACACUCUACCUAGCUGUCAACUUUCUGGACAGGUUUCUUUCCUGCAUGUCUGUCCUCAGAGGGAAGCUGCAGCUUGUGGGAACAGCAGCAAUUCUUCUGGCUGCGAAAUAUGAAGAGAUCUACCCUCCGGAGAUAGAGGAGUUUGUGUAUAUAACAGAUGAUACUUACACAAAGAGACAGCUAUUAAGAAUGGAACAUCUGCUCCUGAAAGUACUGGCUUUUGACUUGACAGUACCAACUAUCAACCAGUUUCUCCUUCAGUAUUUACAAAGAAAUGGAGUCUGUGUCAGGACAGAGAACUUUGCAAGGUAUGUAGCAGAGUUGAGUCUCCUGGAAGCUGAUCCAUUUCUGAAGUACCUUCCUUCACAAACUGCUGCAGCAGCUUACUGUCUAGCAAAUUACACUGUGAACAGGCAUUUGUGGCCAGAAACACUUGCUGCAUUCACUGGGUAUUCGCUAAGCGAGAUAGUGCCUUGUCUGAGUGAUCUACAUAAAGCAUGCCUUGAUGCUUCUCAUCGACCACAGCAAGCAAUUAGAGAGAAAUACAAGCUGUCAAAGUACAUGCAUAUAUCCUUUAUGGAGCCACCAGCAGUUCUUCCUUUGCAAUAA